AAAAAAAUUCGUCACCACCUGUCGCCCGCUUUGACUUGGACUCUCAUCAUCAGGCCCUCGCUCUCUAUUUAACUUGCUCACAAGCAAUGCUAUUUUCUCACGACCUCUCGCUUUUCCUUCUCUCUCACUGAUUCAAACAUCUGACAUGGCGGGCGCUGAUCAGUUUCAGAGGAACAGCAUGUACAUAGAAACCCCAGAAGGGUUCGGCGAUGGAGGCAAGAACAUGCUGGAUGACGACGGAAGAGCCAAAAGAACAGGGACGUGGGUGACGGCGAGCGCGCACAUAAUCACGGCGGUGAUAGGGUCGGGAGUGUUAUCGCUGGCGUGGGCGAUAGCGCAGAUGGGGUGGGUGGCCGGACCGGCGGUGCUGAUGGCAUUCUCCUUCAUAACAUAUUUCACUUCUACUCUUCUCGCCGACUGUUAUCGCUCUCCGGAUCCUGUCCAUGGCAAGCGCAACUACACCUACUCCAUGGUUGUUCGCUCUGUCCUAGGAGGGAGGAAGUUUCAGCUAUGCGGAUUGGCUCAAUAUGUAAAUCUAGUAGGUGUAACCAUCGGCUACACUAUAACUGCGUCAAUUAGUAUCGUGGCGGUGAAAAGGUCGAACUGUUUCCACAAGCAUGGACAUCAAGACAAGUGCAACAUAUCAAACUACCCAUACAUGAUCUUAUUUGCAUGCGUCCAAAUACUUCUCAGCCAAAUCCCAAACUUCCACAAGCUUUCUUGGCUCUCCAUUCUCGCUGCUAUCAUGUCUUUUGCUUAUUCCUCUAUUGGCCUCGGUCUCUCCAUCGCUAAAAUAGCCGAGGGCAACCAUGUGCAAACAUCCUUAACAGGAGUGCAAGUUGGGGUUGACGUGUCAGCAUCUGAGAAGGUCUGGAGAACCUUCCAAGCCAUUGGUGAUAUUGCCUUCGCUUAUGCCUUUUCCAAUGUCCUCAUUGAAAUUCAGGCAAGUCUGAAAUCAAGCCCUCCAGAGAACAGAGUGAUGAAGAGAGCAAGUUUGAUUGGCAUUAUGACCACUACCCUAUUCUAUGUCCUAUGCGGAUGCCUAGGUUAUGCAGCAUUUGGAAAUGAUGCCCCUGGAAAUUUCCUCACAGGAUUUGGCUUCUAUGAACCCUUUUGGCUCAUUGAUUUUGCCAACGUCUGCAUAGCUGUUCAUCUGAUUGGAGCAUACCAGGUAUUUUGUCAGCCCAUUUUUGGGUUCGUAGAGAACUUGAGCAAAGAAAAGUGGUCUGAAAGCAAAUUUAUAAAUCGGGAGUACGCAGUGAAGAUUCCUCUAAGCGAAGGAACAUAUUACCUGAACUUCUUCAGGCUGUUGUGGAGGACUGCAUAUGUUAUCGUUACAGCGGUGAUAGCUAUGAUAUUCCCAUUCUUCAAUGACUUCUUGGGUCUCAUUGGGUCACUCUCCUUCUGGCCUCUAACCGUUUACUUCCCCAUAGAGAUGUACAUUAAGCAGUCCAAGAUGCAAAGGGGUUCCUUCACAUGGAUUUGGCUUAAGAUUUUGAGUUGGGUCUGCUUGGUCGUUUCUAUCAUUUCAGCUGCUGGAUCCAUUCAAGGCCUUGCUCAAGAUCUCAAGAAGUAUCAACCCUUCAAAGCUCAACAAUAAUCACGGCUAGCUACCUAGAUCCCUAUGACAUUGUCUUCAAUGCUCUUCCACUUUCCUUUUCUUUUUCUUUGAAAAAAUAAAAAAUGAAAAUAAACUGCGAGCAAGUCCACGGAGAAUUUAGGGUUAUCAACUCCUCAUGGGAAGGAACAAGAAACCUAGGGUAGAGUGAGCAGUAUAAAAUAACCCCAUGGUUAGAAAGUCGGUGCACUAUCAUUUCAAAAUACCCAUCAAUGGGGAACGCUCAACACACACACAUUCAGUCCAGGUGUGAACCAACUUUCAGCCUGGAUCUACAAGAAACUGUAUUUCAAUAGUACUGAAAAUUCUGGACACUGUCAAUAACUGAGUUCACUGGGAUUUACAAA